AUGGUUGCUAUCAAGAAUCUCUCGGCCAUCCUUUUGGGUGUCGCCAGCGUGGCAGUCGCUAUGCCCGUUUCUAACCUGGUCGAGACUCGUGACAUCUCCCUCAACGAUCAAGACCUGGACAUUCGGGGCCCUCCUGUGCCUCAGCCUGGUCCUCCUCGGGGGUUCAGGCCGCUGCGACACGACCGCCGUGAUGAGGAGAUGCUUGAGGAGCGUGCUCCUCCCGCACCUGGCCACCUCCAGCGUGCUAAGUCUCUUAGCCACCACCGUCGUGCUCCUCCUGCACCUGGCCAUCUCCAGAGAGCCAAGUCUCUCAGUCACCACCGCCGUGCCCCUCCCGCACCCGGCCACCUGCAGCGGGCUAAGUCUCUUAGUCACCACCGUCGCGAUGAACUCGAGGAGCGUGCUCCUCCUGCACCCGGCCACCUCCAGAGGGCAAAGUCACUGAGCCACCAUCGCCGUGCUCCUCCUGCACCUGGCCAUCUCCAAAGAGCCAAAUCUCUUAGUCACCACCGCCGUGAUGAGCUUGAGGAGCGUGCCCCUCCUGCACCUGGUCACCUCCAGAGAGCGAAGUCUCUCAGCCACCACCGCCGUGCUCCUCCCGCACCUGGCCACCUGCAGCGUGCUAAGUCUCUGAGCCAUCACCGCCGUGAAGAGCUUGAGGAGCGCGCUCCUCCCGCUCCCGGUCAUCUCCAGCGUGCCAAGUCCCUGAGCCACCACCGCCGCGCCCCUCCUGCGCCUGGCCACUUGCAGCGUGCCAAGUCUCUCAGCCACCACCGUCGUGCUCCUCCCGCUCCCGGCCAUCUCCAGAGGGCUAAGUCUCUGAGCCACCAUCGACGUGAGGCAGAGUCCUUUGAGGACCUCUUCUAA